CUCUUUGGUCGGUUGAGACUUAUUGCAACAAUGAGAACAUACUUGUGUCUGGCUUCACUGAUAUGUGCUCUGCUGUCACUGGCAAAUGGGCAAUGCUUUUCGAAGCAACUGGAACCGGGUGCAACAAAUUGCUUUGAUGACGUUGAUAACAAAUGGUACCCUAUUGGAUCAUCUUGGAGAAACAGCGAAUGCAUGGAUUGCACAUGCGACGGUUGUUGCGCUGCGUACACAUCUCCUACACGAUUCCCUGAAGAUUGCGUAUCCGUGUUUGACAAAGCAGCAUGUAAAUUCAGAGUCCACAAGAGGAAUGACCCAUCUGUUGAAUGCGAAGUUUUUGGUGGAGUCGGAAAGUGAUAGCACAUUGACAUCAAAAACAACGGCGCUUAUAAUUGACUAACAUAGCAUAGUAGGCUAUCUGUAAUGCAU